AUGGAAGCUAAUACGUCUAAUACUACUAGAAUGGGUCCUAGCAAUGUAACAUAAUAAAUCACAUCGAAACCUGAGUCUCCAUCUUCAUAAUCAUUAUUUGAUGAAGAGAGUGAAGUGUUACAUCAGAAUAUGAUUAAGGAUAAAAUACAUAAAGUUAUUGGUUAAAGUCGUAAAGUAAAUUUAUGUUUUUGAAUAAGUCUGAUUAUUUAAAACAUGCAAUAUUUUUAACAAAUAGAUCCUUAAGAAUGACUGAAAAUAAAAAAUCUUCAUAGUUUGUAAUAAAUUUUAGGAAACAAUACUUUAUACAUCGAUUCAUAAACAAUCUAUUUACAAAUCUAUAUUUUAUGAAAUAGGAUUAAAAAUUAAGAAUAACUCAAGCUUUAGAUGAAAAACCAGCUUAAUAAUUUUCUAAAAAUGGCUGUAAAAAAAAUAAAAUAUUAUUUUAUAGCUGAGGACAGUAAAAAAAAUAAAUGGAUUUUUUUACCAUCUACUCAUUUCAUAAUGUUUUGGGAUAUUUUAGGACUUUUAUUCCAUCUUAUUAUGUUAUGGAUCAGUCCUUUUUUAUGUUCUUUCGAAGUAAUUAAUAAUAGUAUAAUUAAAUUUCUCUAGUCAAUAAUAUUAUUUUAUUUGGUUUUUGAUUUUUUAGUAAUGUUUAACAGAGCUAUAAUUAGAGAAGCAGUUAUAGUAUAUUAAAGAAAGGAUUUCAUUAAAAACUAUUUAAAAUCUAAUGCUAUAUUUGAUUUUUUAAAUAUGGGAAUAUGGAUAUUAUUAAAAUACGAAUUUUAUUAAUUGUAUUACUUUUAAGAGUUUCUAAUAAUAAUUUAAGUGUUUUUGAUAUAUAAAAAAAUUUAAAGAUAUAUUACAGAGUAUUUUCAAUAAAUAUAUUGUCGAGGAAAUCAAAGUUUUACAAUAGAUUUAAUAUCUUUAAUAAUUUAAAUUUAUUAUUUUGCUCAUAUUAUAGCAUGUAUUUGGCAUUAUGUUGGAUAAUAAACUGAAAGUCUAGGUAAUUCAUGGUUAAUAGAUAAUCAUUUAGAGAAUAAAUCAGCUUGGAGUAAAUAUAAUGCAGCUUUUUAUUGGGCAACUAUGACAAUGACAACAGUUGGUUAUGGUGAUGUUGUUGCAGUAAAUGAAAUUGAAAUGAUUGUUGCAUCAAUUGUAAUGUUUUUAUCUAGUUGUGCUUUUGCUUAUACAAUGAGCUCAAUAGGGAUUAUCUUAAAGAAUAUUUAUGAUACAUAAUUAAAUUAUAAGUAUUAUAAUGAAUUUAUAAUUUAUUAGAAAAAAUCUAAUUUAAAUUACUCAAUUUAUGUUAAAAAACAAUGUAGAUGAAUAAAUUUAAGGAAGAAUAAGGAAUUAUUUAAAUUCUUAAUUAUAUUAAGAGAAAAAGGAGAAUAUGGAUGAUGUGAACAAUAUCUUAAAUUCAUUACCUUUUAAUUUACAAUAAGAUUUAAAUGCAGAUAUAUAAGCUAGAGUAAUUAAGCAAAUAAAAUUAAUUAUAAAUCAUUUUUCUAAAUCAACAUAAAUACAAGUUGCUAAGAAUCUAUAAUUAAUUUCAUUACUAGCUGGAGAUGUAGUAUAUAAAUAAGGUGAUCUUUAGGAGGAUAGUUUGUAAAAAAUAUCAUUUUUAUUUUAGAUAUUUUAUUCAUAAAGGUGAAGUUAAACAAACUGAAUUCUAAACCAAAACAACACUUAAAACAUUAUAAAAAAAUUAAUAUCUUGGAAUAUAUUCUUUUUUUACAGGUUUUUGUCCUAAAGAGACAGCUAUAUGUAAUAGUCCUACUUAAUUAUAUAAAAUAAAUAGGAAAAAAUUCUUAGAAAUUAUUCGAAGCAAUCAAAAAGAUCAUGAAAUUUUCAAUCAUAUUAAAGACAAAAUUAUAUUUACAAAUAAUUUAGUGUUAUUUGAUCAUAAAUGCAAUUUUUGUAAUAGACCUUUUCAUUUGGAAAUUGAUUGUCCUUUAAUUUAAUAUAAACCAGAUUUAGAAUUAAUGUUGAAAAAAGAAAACUAUGCUGAAGAACACAAUUAUAGAAUUUCUAAGAAAAGAAAAGACAAUAAAUAUAAUACUUUAGGAUAAUUGAGUAAAUUAAAUCAAUCUUUGAAUUAAUUUUAAGAAGAUUAAUAAAUAUAACUUUUUGGUUUGAAUGAGAAUAAUUAAAAUGAAACAUCACAUUAAAGAACAGGGUUUUCAGAAGCUGUUUAUUAAAAUUCAGCAUAAAUGAUUGGUUAAAAUGCUUAAAAUCUUAGUGGUAUUAGUGAUGAAGAAUAAAAUUCAGAAAUGUAACAUACUCCAUAAAAUCAAUCAAAAUAAUUAAUAUAAUAAUAAAUAUUAAAAAAUCAUCAUAGUAUUCUUUUUUAUUAUUUUAGGGUCUUCAUUAUCAAAAAUAAAAUUUACUAAACUUGAACAAAGGGCAUCUAAAAGUAACUUUGCACCAAUUUUAGAUCAUUAAAGUGGAUCAUUUAGCAUUCUUGAUGAAGUUAAACAUUAACUUUAUUAUCAAAAUACUUUUAAUAUAGAUAAAGUAAACUUUUUGAGUAUUUCAUAUAUGCCUCAAUACUCAUUAGAGUCACAACUAAAAUAAAUGGCUAAAACAAUGAAAAGAAAAAACUAAAGACUUUAGAGAUUACAUGAUAAAUUUGACAAAUACACAUUCUUUCAUCAAGUCAAACAAUUAUCUAUCAAAUUAAGAGUUUAUUACAAAAGAAGUAAUAAAAACACUUUUUAAUGA